CCCAAAGCCGAAGAAUCUUCCACCCAAAAAAAUGUUAAUUUGGGCGGCAGAGUGAAAUUAGGGUUUAAUUACAUCCCACUAAAAUUAGGGUUUGUGCACUAAUUUCCUUUAUAAUUACAGAUUUAAUCCACUCAACCUCUCUCUAUAUAUAUAAUAAACACACACACGCCUUUGGGAUUUUAUCAAACAAAACCCUAAUUCACCCAAUCUCUUCUUCUUCUUCGUCAAACUUUUUGUUAGAGGGUUACGAUGGCGUCAGAGGAUCAAUCCGUGGGGAGAUCUACCGGGAAGGUGAGUUGGUUCAGCGACAUCAAAGGCUAUGGAUUCGUUACUCCCGAUGACGGCAGCGUAGAGCUAUUCGUUCAUCAAUCCUCAAUUGUUUCCGACGGUUACCGGAGUUUAACUGUCGGCGAUUUGGUUGAGUUCACUGUUGGUGAGGGAAGCGACGGUAAGACCAAAGCCGUGGAUGUUACUGCUCCAGGUGGUGGUCCCCUUAAGAAGGAGAACAGCUCUCGCGGAAGCGGUGCUAGGCGCGGCGGAUGCCACAAGUGUGGUGAGGGAGGUCAUAUCGCUAAGGAUUGCCGUGGCGGCGGCGGCGGUGGUGAGCGUAAAGAGGGUUGUUACAAGUGUGGUGAUGCUGGUCACUUUGCUAGGGAUUGUGCUCAGAAAUCAGGUGGGAACGGAGACCAACGUGGAGCUAGGAAGGAGGGUUGUUACAAUUGUAAUGAGGUUGGUCACUUUGCUAGGGAUUGUACUAAACCGGCUGCUGUAAACGUGAGAAGCGGCGGGGGUGAGCGUAAUGGAUCUUGUUACACAUGUGGUGGAGUUGGUCACAUGGCGAGAGAUUGUGCGACUAAGAGUAGUGGUUGUUACCAGUGUGGUGGUCCUCACUUGGCUCGUGAUUGUGACAGGAGAGGAGGCGGCGGUGGUGGAGGUAAUAAUAAGUGUUACAAGUGUGGCGAAGUAGGUCACUUUGCUAGGGAAUGUUCUGUAGUAUCUGAAUUGAUUUCCUAAUCAACGAAAUAAAAAGAGAAUGAAGAUUGAAUCGAGUUAUAUAUAUAUAUAUAUAUAUAUAUUUUAUAUAUAUUUCUCUUCGUUUUCAUAUGAUCUUUUUUUGUUUUGUUGAUGGGAAUGAAACUGCCUGGUCCUUUUGGUGUUUUGGUGUUUUUUUUUUUUUUAACUUAUUAUUAUUAUUAUUAUACUACAAAAAGAGAGUGAUCCUACUAAACUAAACUAGUUUGUUGUUAAUUUCUCUGAUAUGGAUGCGCUCCGCUUCUUCUAUCUGUUUCUGGAAAUUUUGACCUCAUAUUGCUUAUGUCAUCCACCUUUUGAGUUUC